AUGGAAGAGAAGAACACGCGCGGUAUUUUGAAAGAGCACAUGAUUUUCCAGAAAACUCAUACUACUAGUCUCGCAGAUGUCAGAACUCUCAAUAUGUGGGGAUUUGAACUUACAGAUGUUUCAAUUGUUGAGAAAAUGCCCAACGUAGAGACUAUUUCUCUUUCAUUAAACCAGAUCACAACAUUAAAACCAUUCGGAAAUUGCUAUAGUUUAAAGAAUUUAUAUCUUAGACAAAACCAAAUUUCAGAUCUUUCUGAAAUCAAUUACUUAGCAAGACUUCCAAAUCUCAGAGCUUUAAUGCUUCGUGAUAAUCCGGUUUCGGAAUUGCCAAAUUAUCGUCAAUAUGUCGCUAAAACACUUCCAAGAUUAGAAAAACUCGAUGAUAUUGAUAUUUCUUCAUCAGAUGCAUCAUACAAUCCAGGACCUAUGCUAAAUAUUCCACAGAACGCAUUCCAACAACAACAGCAACCACCACAACAACAAAGAAAUUUACAGAUGAAUCCACCAAAUUCUGGCCGCAGAAUCAACUCAUCGCGCAUGCAUAAUGAAGAAAGGCAAGAAACUUGGCAAGAUCCGCAGAUUCCUCCAAGAGAAAUACAUAAUCAUCAUCAAAAUCAGCCGCCACCUCGUCAAAUGCAACCUAGAGCUAUGAUGGCUCCUGGAUCUGCGGAUGACGCGAUGCUUGCAGCAGUUUUAGCUCUUAUACCAGAAUUAUCUGAUGAUUCUAUCCAAAUCGUCCUUGAUGCGAUUAGAAACCGUCAUACAUAA